AUGGAAUUUAUAUUUGUAUUGCCUGGUUGGGAAGGUUAUGCUGCAGAUUCAAAAGUACUCCGAAAUGCAUUAAGUAGGCCAAAUGGGUUAAGGGUACAAACCGGUUGUUAUUACUUAGUGGAUGCUGAUUACACUAAUGAUGAAGGGUUUCUUGCACCAUAUAGAGGAACAAGAUAUCACAUUUCUGAGUGGAGAAAUGGUUGUGCACCCAUAAAUCAUGAAGAGUAUUUCAACAUGAAGCAUGCAUCUGCUAGGAAUGUCAUUGAAAGAUGUUUUGGGGUUCUUAAAAAGCAGUUGGCAAUUUUAAAAAGUCCAUCUUUCUAUCUUAUUGCAACACAAAUCAAGAUAAUUACCACAUGUUGCCUUAUACAUAAUUUUAUUAGAAGAGAAAUGAUAAUUGAUCCUGGGGAAGUUGAGUUUGAUAGGAGUGAUGAUGUUGACAUUAGUAUCGAGGAUGACUUUAUAGGAUCGAUUUCUUCAUCGGACCAAUGGACCCACUGGAGAGAUGAUUUAGCUAAGCAAAUGUUUGAUGAGUGGAGAGGUCGUCGUAGUCAUUAG